ACUUUUGACAAAUUGACAACCGUAUUGUCAAUUUAACCGAUCACCAGGGUACCUGGGUACCGCAAUAAUACUCCUGGAUUAAUUAUAAAAGCCCUAUAUAAUAAACUCAAAUAUGGGCUACAAAUUUCUGAAACUUGCCUCGACUCCCUUUAGAAAUGGCAAUGUAAGGAUUGGAAUCAGACAGUAUGCUACCACACAUGAUGCCGAUCUUGUAGUUAUUGGCUCGGGCCCUGGUGGGUAUGUAGCUGCCAUUAAAGCUGCCCAAUUGGGCUUAAAGACCAUUUCAGUAGAAAAAGAUCCAUCUUUAGGAGGAACAUGUCUGAAUGUAGGCUGUAUUCCAUCAAAGGCCUUAUUGCAUAAUUCCCACUUAUACCAUAUGGCAAAACAUGACUUCAAACACCGAGGUAUUGAGGUUGGAGAAGUGAAAUUUGACUUUCAAGCAAUGAUGACAUAUAAAGCUAAUGCUGUUAAAGCCUUAACUGGUGGUAUUGCUAUGCUAUUUAAUAAAAACAAGGUGCAACUUGUUCGUGGUGUAGGAUCAAUUGUCGCACCAAACAAAGUUCAAGUUCAAGGUGAAAAGGGAGUUGAAACAAUAAAUACAAAGAAUAUUUUAAUUGCAACAGGCUCUGAAGUCACACCGUUCCCUGGUGUAACAUUUGAUGAGAAACAGAUCAUCACAUCAACAGGAGCACUCUCCCUGCCCGAAGUUCCCAAGAAGAUGUUGGUAAUUGGAGCCGGUGUGAUUGGUUUAGAAUUGGGCUCAGUAUACCAGAGGCUAGGAGCAGAUGUUACUGCCAUAGAAUUCCUUGAAAGUAUUGGAGGUAUUGGUAUUGAUGGAGAGGUAUCCAAAACCUUACAAAAGAUCCUAACAAAACAAGGCAUGAAGUUUAAACUUGGCACAAAAGUGACGGGCGUGAAGAAGGAAGGAGGCAUCGUUAAAGUUGACGUCGAAGCCGCCAAAGGAGGCAGUAAGGAAACUUUGGACUGCGACGUAGUUCUGAUCUCCAUCGGUCGCCGGCCGUACACCUCUGGUCUCGGAUUGGACAAGGUCGGCAUCGCACUCGACGACAGAGGACGCGUCCCGGUCAACAACAAAUUUCAGACCACCGUUCCAGGAAUUUACGCUAUUGGUGAUGUUAUACACGGUCCCAUGUUGGCUCACAAAGCGGAAGAUGAAGGUAUUGUCUGCGUUGAAGGAAUCAAAGGAAUGCCAGUACAUUUCAACUAUGACGCCAUUCCAUCUGUUAUCUACACAUCACCAGAAGUAGGCUGGGUUGGAAAAUCGGAGGAGGAUCUCAAAAAAGAGGGCCGCCCAUACAAGGUGGGUAAGUUCCCAUUCCUGGCGAACUCACGUGCCAAGACCAACGGUGAGCCGGAUGGUUUCGUGAAGGUACUUGCAGACAAGGCCACUGAUGUUAUAUUGGGAACACAUAUCAUCGGACCCGGCGGCGGCGAGCUGAUCAACGAAGCGGUGCUGGCGCAGGAGUACGGCGCCGCGGCCGAGGACGUGGCGCGCGUCUGCCACGCGCACCCCACAUGUGCGGAAGCGUUACGAGAAGCCAACUUGGCGGCGUACAUCGGAAAGCCGAUUAACUUCUAAUCUUAGAAUUUAUUUAUAUUUUAUUGUACAAAUAAUGAACGCGUCGAACGAAACGAGACGCAUCAUCGUAGCCCACUAUAAGGAUCUUGUAUGAAUCUAUUGUGAACGAUUUGGGUAUUCAUUCAUAUUAAAAUAAUAUCGCAUCUUUA